CAGUUCAUAUAUCAAACUUAAACAUACAUCCACCCAUCGUCUACACUCCGGUGCUUUACACCUUAUCGGGGAGAUACUCCCGGUGCAUUUCCAUUGAACAUCGAACAAGUUGGAGCUUGUUUAUUUACGGACGUGUGUAUGUGGCUGGGAAGUGAUUUUGUUCAACGUCUGUGUGCCAAUAUUAGUCACCACAAAUAAGUAAAUGCUCCCCGAUACAAAGAUCCUCCCCAAGCGGGUGGUUAUAUCUGACCGGUCUGUACUGCUGUGGCUCGCUGCUCAUCGGAAGGUUCAUUCCAUUCCAGUGGGGAGAUGAUUUUCCUGUAAACGAAAAGCUGCUUCUAGCUUCUAUCUCGCCUAGCAUUAGCCAUCGGUCGUCGCCGAUCCUGCGGAGUGUUGCGGAGUGUUCGGAGAAACUUUCGUUCUUGCUUAUUCAUCCUAUCUGUACAGAAGAGUCGUACAUCGGACAUAGUUCCCACAGGCUCUUUACAGCGUGAAACCGAAACACACGGAAUAGAACGAUGUCGAACGAGAUUUUAAACAUCGUUGUGGUUGGGGAUGGCGCCGUUGGUAAAACUUGUCUGCUACAUGCGUACACAGAUGAAUCAUUCCAGAACUUCUACCAGCCAACAAUAUAUGAUAAGGAAUCGUUCGAAAUAACUUUAGACGAUCAGCGCUAUACAAUACAACUUCACGAUACUGCAGGGCAAGAGGAUUAUGAUAGAAUCCGGCAGCAGUUUUAUAAACGGGCCCAUUGUUUCCUGCUCUGCUACAGUAUUAACAACCGCAUUUCGUUCGAGAAUAUUACUGCUAAAUGGGUACCGGAGAUAACGGCUACGCAACGGGUCCCAAUCGUCUUAAUAGCCACCAAGCUGGAUCUGCGCCGGGGAACCAGCAACGAAGUGUCCACGGGGGAGGGGCAGCGAAUGGCCACUAAAAUUAACGCAAAUUCCUUCGUGGAAUGUUCAGCGAAAGAUGACAUCAACGUGAAACUGGCAGUGGAGCAAGCGGUGCGGGCGUGUUUUGAGAACGUGGCGGAAUCAGAGCCGGAGAACGAUUGCUGUGGUUUGUGUGGGCUGUUCAGUUCUUUUUAAGAUUCUAGGCAGAACGAAAAGUUGCUUUUGUAUGUAUAUACAAUUCAUCAGAGUACUUUAAUAUCGAAAGUUUUAUUUAACACUAAUAAUCUUAAGACUCGUUAAGAACACAUUCGUUGGUAAAGUAAUGUAUGGAGGUACAUUGUUAGUUCAGGAUUAAUUCAUAUGCUCCACUGGUUUUAUGAGACACCCAACGUUUUGUAACUGUCAUUUUAGUUAAAACAAAAAUAAACUAACCUCAGCUGUCUUCCAUCAAUGAAAUUUGUUUGGCUGUCCCUACCUGAAGAUCCUAAACCGCUCAAAAUGCAAAUCAAGCAUCUCGUUCGAGCUCACCAAGGACAACAACGACCAAUGGGAAUAUAUUUUAUUUCGGUUAUCCUCGCCCUAAUUGCGCUAUCAAUCUCGAUCCUAUCUGUGCACAGUGUAAUAUUUUGCAAAAUCUGAUAAGCUAUUCCGUAUGUGUCGCCAGUGAAUAAAAUAAAAUAUAAACUUUGUCCCGAA